AUGGCAUUUGGAAUGGCUUAUGCCAUGCUAGGAAAUGUACCUCCAGUUGUUGGAAUGUACAUGGCAUUUUUUCCAGUUUUAGUUUACAUGAUUUUUGGAACAUCUCGACACAAUUCAAUGGGAACAUUUGCAGUUGUUUGCAUGAUGACAGGAAAAGUUGUGUUAACUUACAGUAACAUUAACCAAGAUAAUUUAAAAAAAAAUACAAAUUCAUCAUUACUAAUAAAUAUCCAAGAAUCGAAUACUCCUCAGUAUUCCCCUCUAGAAGUAGCGACUGUUGUAACAUUCGGAGUCGCGAUAAUCCAAUUAAUAAUGUAUGUAUUGCGCCUCGGAUUGAUAUCAUCGUUAUUAUCUGACGCGCUUGUUAGCGGAUUUACAACAGGAGCUGCUGUUCACGUGUUUACCUCGCAAAUAAAAGAUCUAUUGGGACUGGAGCUCGUAAAACGUCGUGGAAUUCUUAAAGUUGUAUACACUUAUUAUGAUGUUUUUAAUUCAUUAGAUAAUAUAAAUGUCACUGCAACUAUAAUUUCUGGUAUUACAAUAUUAGCAAUUAUUUUUAAUAAUGAAGUUUUAAAACCUCGUGUAAGUAAACGAUGUACAUUUCCAAUCCCGAUUGAAAUGAUGGCAGUAAUAAUAGGAACAGUAGUGUCAACUAAAAUGAACCUAAAUGAAGUAUAUAAAGUCAUCACUGUAGGCCAUAUUCCUGUCGGACUUCCAGUUCCGUCACUGCCUCAAAUCUCCUUACUUCCAUCGAUAAUGAUUGAUUGUUUUGUGAUAACAAUGGUGUCAUACUCGAUAUCGAUGUCAAUGGCGCUAAUAUUUGCUCAAAAAAUGAACUACCAAGUGGACGCUAAUCAGGAAUUAAUGGCGCAAGGCUUGGGCAAUCUUGUUGGGUCUUUUUUUUCGUGUAUGCCGUUCACUGCUUCGCUGUCACGAUCUCUAGUCCAGACUGCUGUUGGUGGAAAAACCCAGCUUGCUAGUUUAGUAUCAUGUUUUUUACUUUUAUUCGUACUGCUUUGGAUUGGCCCACUUUUGGAGCCUCUACCAAGGUGCGUUUUGGCGAGUAUUAUCGUAGUCGCAUUGAAGGGUAUGUUCUUGCAAGUAAAAGACUUAAUAAAAUUUUUCAAACUCUCAGCAAGCGACGCUGCUGUAUGGAUAGCUACGUUUUUAACAGUAAUUAUUCUUGAUGUUGAAUAUGGGUUACUUGUCGGUGCUAUUUUUUGUCUUCUUAAAUUGAUAAUGCUGUCGAUGAAACCGUACACUUGUAAAUUGGCUGUUGUACCUGGAACGGAACUUUAUUUGGACACCAAUAGGCAAUUAGUUCAAGCUGCUGGUGUAGAUCCAUUAAAAAAAUCAAGUAAUAACUACAAAUCUGAAAGUAAAGAAGUAAUACCAGAGGAUACCAAAAGUUUGCAGGUACUGAUAAUAGAUUUUUCAGCGCUAAUUCAUAUUGACCCAGCUGGUGUAACGACAGUACGUGGUAUAAUUGAAGAUUAUAUAAAGAUUGGAGUUUAUGUUUACCUUGCUGGUUGCUCAGGACCUGUUUUUGAAAUGAUUAGAAAAUGUAAUUCAGUUGAAAAGGUCACUAAUGUAUUUAUGAUAUUUCCAACUGUGAAUGAUGCUGUUAAUUACGCGCGAAAUGAAAAUGACUAUGAUGGUCAAGCAAGAGCUGAAAAAUUAUCAAGGAUUAUUGUCACUCUUUUUGGAGCAGUUGGUUUGAUCUGGGGCUACGCAAUCCAAGAAUUUUCCCAAGCACUCUACAUUCUUGCUGCUGGAUGUUUAAUGGCUCUUAUAAUUACCGUACCGCCAUGGCCGAUGUACAGAAGAAAACCUCUCGAUUGGCAGAAACCACAAGCAACUGACGCUCCGCCUAAAAAUAAAAAGAAGAAAUAA